AUGAAAGAGGCUUUAGUACGCACUUUGAAGGAUAUUGAGCUUGCCGACUUUUCGGUGUACGACUCUUGUAUGCAGAGAAAAAUUGUCCAUCACCAUUUUCCUUCAGGUACCAUUCGUCUAUUCGUGCUAAAUGAAAAGCUGGGUGAAAUUAAUGUUCUUACGCGAACCAAAGAUUCCUCGGAAUUCACUCGAACUGUUCACCUUCUUACCCCGAUGCCCACUCUUCGAAUAUGCGCGAUGCUUCUGUCUCCAACAGGAUCUCUACUAAUGCUCAACACACAUACAACAGUGUACGUCCUAGAUGUGGCGUCGAAUUCGAAAAAAACUACAGAGCGUUCGGUGACGAAACGGGUGUAUACGGCUUUCGAUACCACUGACUUUCCGGAGCUAGAGAGAACACAUUCACAGGUUCUUCGCGUUCGUUGGCACCCUCGUUGCAAGGAUACAUUGGUUCUACUCACAAGCAACUCCAGUAUAUUCUAUGUGCAGUGCUGCAGACUGGAUGGUUCUCGGGAGAUUCGGUGUACUACACUCUUUCGGGCGGGAAAUCUGGGGCUUCUGCAUAAUCGUUCUGGAGAUGUGACCUAUGAUGGUUCCAGUCAGUCAAGUGAUGAGUUUAGUGAGGGUGAGGAGACUUCCUGUACGAGUUACGGUCGUAGCCGUUUGGAUUUGGAUGGUGCCCUUGGUGACACUUGUAUAGAUUUCGAUUUCGGUGCUGUGUUGUCAAAACGCACCACAAAGUCCCGGCAAUCAGGAGCGGAAGAGAACGAUUGCUGUUUGUAUAUUUUGUGUGAAACUGGUGACAUCAUUCUGGUAUCCGGGUGUCUUAGCACACUUCAGCGAUCCCGAUUGGAUUGUCAACUUCUCCGGAUCCUCCCUCCUUCAUCAGACAACUAUGGGGAAGAAUUUUGCUCCUUGUUAUGUCUAUCCAGUUGGACAAAGUCCACUUCUAUUUCCAUUGCCAAUUCGAUGGAACUUCCUCCUGAUGUUUUGGUAUUGGCCAAUCGGAACGGUCGUCUGUUUCAUGGUGUUGUUCUGCAUUCAGCUGGACAAUUAUCUAAGCGUUCAGAGUCCUCCGAAAGUCCCGCGUUGUGUCUAGUGGACGUUGUGGAUCUACAUUUACACGAAGCAGCCACUUCCGAGGUGAAACGUCCAGCUGACGCGGUCUUGGACGAAUCGCUAUCUCCAGACGGCGAUCUUUCAGCACAACUACCAGCCCUAGUCUUGGAACCGGCACAGUCUAUCGGGCUUCCUCUGAACCUUGAUGGGUGUCCAGAUUCCUUAACAUCCGAUUUGUCUUAUCCGUAUGGUGCGUAUUAUGUGAUACACGAUUCUGGGAUUCACCUGGUCCGAUUACCUUGGUUACGGAGCUUGUGUGGUUGGUGUCAGGAGCUACUGGAGGACCCACUUGCAACGAAGAAAGAGAGUCCUACCAACGGACGAGCCGGUGAUUGGCACUCUGAAGUGACGCACCUUCUGUGUGCACAGCUCCCGAUUUCGUCACGUGAUCGAACCUUUCUCCAAGAGUCUGACGGAAGAUUUCGGCUGUUAGCGAUGAUUGAAUUACCUCUAGCCAACCGAUUUGGGUUGCCCCUAACGAGCGCUACCGGAUCUCACAAUUCCCCUACGUUGUUGAUCGUUCGAGCCCCUCAACCCUCAAUGGAGUCAUAUCAGUCCGAUCCCAGUAUUCUGAUUGAUUUGAUACGUUUAGACUCUACUGAACCCACUUUGAAAGUAAAUUGGAAGCAACGACCCCCUGAUGAGGACAAAGUGUCCGCCGAACACGAAGGUACGAACCUUCCCGGUCCAUCUUCUCGUUCUGAAUUUGCACUUCAACUUCGACGAAUUCUUCGACAAGAGGAUCUACAUUUGCCCCUGAUUUCCGCGCUUUCCUUGCAAUCCAAUCUAACACAAGUCCAGGUGAUCCAGUUCCUUGUUAAGACGACAGAUACUCUCCGUUCCGGCUCACUUGACCGCCUAAUACGGGCCCGAAAUUUUGUGGAACAAUACACUACCCGCCUACGGGACUGUCUAUCCACACAGUACACAGAUGCUUGUCAAUUGGCGGCCGAGCGACAGGUCCUACAGGAUAAAGCCAAGAAACUGGCCAGUCGUCACGCGGUCAUCUUAGAGCGACAAGAGAUGCUUGAAAAACGGUUGGGUGCUUUGGCCUGUCGCUUAACGGGACUUAUCGAUGAGCCUUCCAAAGCCGAGGUAGCCAUGCGCGAUGAGGUCGUUCAACUGCGAAAUCGCUUGCAAAAAGGUUUGAAGACUUGGCUUGCCAGUCUUCACUCAAAGCGUAACGACAUCACCGAUAAACUGACCAGACUCGAUCGGAUCCGGGCGUUGGGGGUACCGGGGCAGAAUCCUGGUAUGGAACAUGAACUGGACAAAGCUCAGAUGAAGUCUAUUUCGGAAUCGUUAAAAAAGCAGACACAUGAAAUUCGGGCCCUCGUUGAUACACUCAAAAUGAUCAGUUGCAAGACGUCAGUCGCCUUCUAACUACGAUUUUUUCCGUGCAUUUCGCUAAUACCUUCUGGACCUGAGCAGUUAUAUUUCCCCAUUAUUUCGAUAGCACCAUUCACCUUCUGAAAGGGCAUAACAGUUUGGUUUCACUGGAGCAAUUUAAUGUACAUAGAGUGAUAAAAGAGCAGUUUUUGAAUUACAGAUCCGCAUUGAAUUCCGUCGGGCUCAUUUCGUUGUUUAUGACUCCACGCGUUGGGGUGAAUUUCUGUCCUGGUUCCGACUGUUUUGAGGCUAAUCGACUGGUAAUAUCACCGGUGCUCGUGUCGGAUACUUUGAAUGACAUGGGGUACCAUUUUGUGAACGUUGAGGGUCCCUGGACUGUACCGACUAUACCGUUGCUCGUUGAAUGAAUGGGGUGGUCCUUUGGAAUGACCAGUUUCAUGCUUUGUCCUAUUUAUCGCUCUCUCAGAUUCGGCUAAUUGACCUGUAAAUCCUUGGAUGUCAGUGCCAGAAUUCGACUUUGGUUAUUACUAACCAGUGAUAGAUACCUUGUACUAUCAAUCGUUUUCAUAUUCCAUCUUCGAUAAUUUUGGUUCAUUUUGCUUCCCCC